CUAAAGAAUUCAAAUAUACAUUUACAUAUAUAAUUGAAUAAACGCCAAGAAAAAAAAAACGCAGGUGUCACGCAACAUGUCUCACAGCGGUGCAGCCAGUUCUUCACUACCCUUGGACCGAACUCACGAACAGCCGGUCGUGGUAGCCUCUCGCAUCGUGCACAAGUUCUUUGAGCCCAUAAUACUGCUCGUGGCUCUAACCGAAGCUGUUCAAAACUUGGCGGCACCACAGCCUCUCGAGCCAGAAAUUGAUGUCAGGAAUCCCAAGCAGCUCUUCUGCGCCUUUGUCAACAAGCUCGGCAACGUGUGCUCUAAAGAAAAGGGGGCCAAUUGUGUCACCUCCUUCGUCGUUCUCCAAGACGAAAAAGAUCCCGACAUGGUUCAUUUUAUCUUCGCAAUGAACCGACAGACCGACGUCCAGUUGCAAAGCACGGCGGCGUAUGUCAGCACACUUCUUCGCAAGGUUGGGCAGGCACCUGAUGGCCGGGAAAAUCAACGUGAUGCGAGGCGUUCGCUGCUGUACCAUAUUUUGCGUUUCAACCGUCCCAGGGUUUCGUUCUACCUGCGUGAGCUUCGGGAGAAGGCAGCGUCUUGUCUUGAAAAAUGCGAGGCGGAAAGGACGGACGAUAAUGAAUUAGUUGCAGAGGAAUUGAAAGUACUUCUCGAUUCUCCCUCCGCGGGCUCAAAGCUUGAAGAUUCGGAAGCUGAUUAUAUCCGCAAUUGUGAGACAACAAUUCAGCAGCUCAUAAGAGUUGAGGAGUUUUCUAUAGUGGGGGAAAUAAUCGAAGACCGUGCUUUAGAAGAUCGAAUCUCAGGAUUCAAAAGCCGGGAAUGCUGGGCCGAGCUCCUCCAUGUUAUCAGGCGCAUUCUUGCCUACCAGCAAUCAGUCCAGUUCUUCCUGUCGGCCAAAGAAAUGUGGCCCAACCUCUUUGAAAAUUUCACCGUCGAUUUUAUCUCGUCGAGUCGGGAAGUGGAAAGGCCAUUUCGGAGAAAAAGCCUCUCUGCCGAAGGCAUUGUCGGCCGCAUGACGCGAAAAGAAAAGGAAAUGGCAAUAUUCAAGGAAUUUGUACGAAAACUCCAAGACUUUGACCUUGAUGACCGUAUCAAGCGAGAGUAUAGCAGAGACACCUUCAAACCGUUCGUCCAUGCAGAGGUCCUCUUACUGAACUGGAUCUCGAAUCAGGGCGAGAUUCUCCCCUCCAGAUUCUUCAAUGACUGGAUGUAUAUCGGAAGCAGCAAGCCAACAUGCAAGCUGUGUGAAUAUUACUUCCAAGAGCACAAAUCAAAUGUCGAACGCCGGGCUUCUCACGGCAAUCUGUAUGCCAACUGGCGCGUGCCUGAUGUGUUUCCGUAUCAGGGGGAUGCAGCGAUAGAUGCGAGGCAGAUUAUGUUGGAUAGAGUACUGCAGCGGGUGCGUAAAGAAGCAUUUGCGGUUGUGAGGAGGAAGGCAUUUCCAGGCAUAAAGGAUAAUGAUUCGAAUACUUUUUCUGACCGCAUGACGCUUCUUGAGAUACGAUCUCUACACAGUUCAAAUGCUGAUGUGGAUGAUCUCGCGUCGAUUAUGGGAGAGGUGGAUAUCAGCUGAGCUUUGGCAGUGGUUUCUUUAGUUAUUUGUUUAAUUUCAGCAGAGCUACUUGAGCAGUAUUCUUAUAGGUACAGGAAGUAAUAGAAGUAAUAGUUGGUAUUAG